CCUUCUCACAAGCCACGAACACGUAUUACUCCUCAAGACUUUUAACUAUUAUCAAUGGCGGUGGCGGUAACCGUGGACCAGAUCAGAAAUGCUCAGAGAGCCCGUGGUGCAGCCACCAUCCUCGCCUUCGGCACCGCCACUCCCUCCAACUGUGUCUCCCAGGCCGAUUACCCUGAUUACUAUUUCAGAAUCACCAACAGUCAACACAUGACUGAUCUCAAGGAAAAGUUCAAGCGCAUGUGUGAAAAAUCCAUGAUAAGGAAGAGAUACAUGUUCUUGACGGAAGAUUUUCUCAAGGACAACCCGAACAUGUGCGCCUACAUGGCGCCAUCUCUCGAUGCUCGUCAGGACAUCGUCGUCGUCGAAGUCCCCAAGCUCGGCAAAGAAGCCGCCGUCAAGGCCAUUAAAGAAUGGGGCCAGCCGAAGUCCAAGAUUACCCAUCUUGUUUUCUGCACCACCUCCGGCGUUGACAUGCCCGGCGCCGACUACCAGCUAACUAAACUCCUGGGUCUCCGUCCCUCCGUCAAGCGCUUCAUGAUGUACCAGCAAGGCUGUUUCGCCGGCGGCACUGUCCUCCGACUCGCCAAAGACCUUGCCGAGAACAACGAGGGCGCUCGCGUCCUCGUCGUCUGUUCCGAGAUCACCGCCGUCACUUUCCGUGGACCCUCCGAAAGCCACCUCGACUCCCUCGUCGGUCAGGCUCUGUUUGGUGAUGGUGCCGCUGCAGUCAUUGUCGGCUCCGAUCCCGACAUCUCCGUCGAGCGGCCGCUAUUCCAGCUUGUCUCCGCCGCUCAAACCAUCCUCCCGGAUUCUCACGGCGCCAUCGACGGUCACCUCCGCGAGGUUGGUCUUACAUUCCACUUGCUCAAGGAUGUUCCUGGCUUGAUAUCCAAGAACAUAGAGAAGAGCUUGGUGGAAGCCUUCACACCAAUCGGCAUCAACGAUUGGAAUUCCAUCUUCUGGAUAGCUCACCCAGGUGGGCCCGCAAUUCUUGACCAGGUUGAGCUUAAACUCGGCCUCGAAGAAGACAAACUCAGAGCUACUCGUCACGUCCUCAGCGAGUACGGAAACAUGUCAAGCGCCUGCGUGCUGUUCAUCCUAGACGAGAUGAGAAAGAGAUCGGUUGCAGAAGGCAAAUCCACCACGGGUGACGGGCUGAAUUGGGGAGUCCUCUUCGGAUUCGGUCCAGGUCUGACCGUGGAGACAGUUGUGCUGCACAGUUUCCCAACGACUGAGGUAACUCAAUGAGUUAGAAAAAAGAAGAAAAAAAAAAAAAAAAAAAGAAAGUUGGCCA